GGGGAAUGGGACAGCUGCGUUAUUUGAAGGUGAUCCAAGGGUGAUAACCUUUUCUAUGCAUGGAGAGAAGAACUACCCAUGGCGAUCAAAAAUGAAAUCCACUUAUGAUGUUGAGCUUGAGGACGAAUGUGAUGACGCCACAUAUCUGAAGGAGCUAUCCAAGUGGGUUCCUCAUCUCUUCCACCUGCACGAGCCAGGCGUCGUCUUCUUUCAGUCAGGUGUGGAUGCACUCAAGGAGGACAAGUUUGGGAGGCUGGCACUUACCAGGGAAGGGCUUUUGCGACGAAAUAACAUUGUUUACAGUGCCUGCAUUGCAGCCGGCAUUCCGUUGGUGAUUACCAUGGGCGGUGGCUAUUCCAAUCCUAUUGAUUUGCCACGUCAGCAACAGUGCCACUUCAGCAGUGCCACGUCAGCAGUGCCACAUCAGCAACAGUGCCACGUCAGCAACAUUGCCACAUCAGCAGUGCCAUGUCAGCAACAGUGCCACAUCAGCAACAGUGCCACGUCAGCAACAGUGCCAUGUCAGCAGUACCACGUCAACAGUGCCACAGUGCCACGUCAGCAGUGCCCCGCCACCAUGACGGGCUCAGUUAUGGGCAUGCCAGGCCAACUGGCAAAUGAGUCCAUUGCCGAGUACCGACAACGUUUCAAAACUCAGCUCGCACUAAUCGCGGCUGAGGAACAGCGCCAGCUGGCAGCCGAGGCUGUCCGCCUACAGGCUGAAGCGGCGGCAACAGCUGAGAAGCAGCGGCUUCAGGCCGAAGCAGACGCAGAUACCCAGGCACGCCGCAAGGAAGCCCAAGAUCUGCUACAGCGGCAUGAAGCCACCAGCAUCGAAAAGCUCAAGUUUUGGCACUUUGAACCAACCGAGGAGCACGACGACACGACACCGGAAUAGCAGCACAAGGAAUUCAUGGCCAAACUCGUGACCAGGUUGGUUUACACUUGUAACCACCUGCAGUCCGAGCUGG